CGAAUCGAUUGAUCUAAGAUUCUCUCAUUCUUUCCUUUUCUGGUUCGUUUUCUUUUUGGGAAUGCUCAACGAUCCAAUUCUGAUAAGCCGGCCUGCUAUCGCUGAAUUUGCUUAUAUUGCUCCUUGUGACUGCCAAAAGGCGAAGGCUUGGGUUUAGAAGUAGCUGAGAAGGAAGUAGAAACUUUACGAGCUCAAACGGUUUCUUUAAUGGCGGAAAGCCUGAAACGAUCCCGUGUGGAGCUUUUAUUGUUAGGCUUUGUUCGAGAGACAAAUGCCUAUGGCCGUACUAUGGGAUUUUUUUCCCAUUCUUAUGUUGGAUUGGCCACAGAGUCCUGAAUAGCCAGAAACCUGCGGACCGAAACCAAACCUCAACCACGACCUUUAAUGGCGAAAUUCAGCAGAGAGCGCGAAAGCCUAGGGGAUUCAGCUAGAAACGGGAGAUAGGUACAUGCUACUACAGAGUACAGAGGGAGAGAGAAAAAGAGAUGCCCUUGUCCCUUGGUUAGAGUGUUGUUGCUGACAUCUGUCGGUCUCCCAUGGCCUAAUGCAACCGGAUCUAAGCCCUGAAACGAGCGAUCGCUUUCACUAGGUAGCCUCACUAGACUCUAUCACCAGGCUAAACCUACGCACCCCUCUCUCCUUCUCCCUCUUCCCCCCCCUCUCUCUCUCUCUUAACACAGCCAUGCCUUUUUAUCUUCCUGUCUAUAAAGAGCUCUACUAUGGCUGUUGGAAAAGUUGGAACUGGAAUCUGGAGAAGCUUAUUAUCGAUACAUUGCUACUUGAAAAAAAUAAAAUCUAGUAUAAAAAUAUAAAACACACACUUCUGCUAGUCUCGCCAUAAAUGAAAGCGGGCGUUUCAGAGGUAGGUGGCUAGAUUUUGCAGAAAACAGUGUUGUUUCCAGGGUCGCGCCGCUCGUGUUUGUCGCUCGUGCACUGCAAUCUCCAUUUCCAGAUCUCGAGGCCUGCUGCAUUGCGGGUUCUGUUUAUAAGAGAGGGAUAUUGCAGGAGUCACGGUAACUUGGGUGAUAAUAUUGAAUGGCUACAUUGCUUUACAUGGAAAUCGAGUCUGUGGAUCACUUUGUGCAGCAGCAACGAGCAGGAGACUCGCUCCCUGAAUUAGGGUUUUGGACGGUUUGUUGUGGGUAUUUAAACGGUUGAUGCUUUUACUGGAUAUACACAGAAGGUGGUGAGAACUUUGGAUUUUGAUGUGGAAUUUUGGUGUCAGCUGGAGUCAAAAACAUGCUGAGUCAUGAUCAGGAAGUAGAAGAAGAAGAGGUGUUCUAUGAUUCUUUGGAUUAUAUUCAGAAUCCAGAUAUUUUGUCGUCUGAGGAUUCUGGGUGUGUUUGUGAAGAAUUGGUCUUUGCCAAGUCGGAUUACGACAUUUGGUUGAACGAACCGGGGAGCAUUCAGGAACGACGAAAGAGGUUUCUACACGGAAUGGGCUUCAGUGAACUUGCUUCCUUCUCCCGGGAAAUUGGCAGCGAUAUUUCGUGUGGCAGUUUCAAUGAGCGCCUGAGUUUUGAAAGGAUCACAGAAUGCAGUGAGACUGUCCAAAGUUCGUGGGCUUCAUUCAGUAACAGAGUAGAGGAAGAGAAGCUCUGUAAUGGAAAUGGUAUAGAUGUAGAAAGCAACUUCAUGGCUCGUGAAGAUGUGCAAGAUGGUUCACCUAGAUCAACCUCAGCUCAAGACUUGGAGACAUCUGCUGGUCUUUUGCCGUCUAUUCAGAAUCUUAUGCAGGAGGAAGUUAUAGUUCCUCCAAAAAACAGUAAAAAGGGUCUAGAAAAAAGUAAGAAAAUGAAGAGUUGGUGGAAGAGCUUUAUUGCCAAUAGAAAGGGAGGAUCAUUGGACAAAUCUGACGUCUCCUUAACAAACCCCAAGGCACCAAAGGCAAAUAGAAUGAGAGUACAACAGAACAGCAAAAGGAUCAUGGAGUUUAGUGGACUUUUCAUGGGACAAGAAAUUCUAGCUCACAAGGGAUUCAUUUGGACAAUGAAAUUCAGUCCAGAUGGCCAGUAUCUGGCAAGUGGUGGUGAAGAUGGGAUUGUUCGCAUUUGGCGUGUUACAUCAGGAGAAGCUUCCUGCAAAUUUUUAGAUGAUGGAUGUACUUCCAAAUUCAUCAAUAAAGAGAAAGAAGUCAAACUCUUUCGAGGAAGAAAGAAUUCAGCGUCUGCUUCUGUUGUCAUACCGAAAAAGGUGUUCAAGAUUGAAGAGUCACCAUUGCAGGAGUUUCAUGGCCAUACCAGUGAUAUUUUGGACUUGUCUUGGUCCAAAUCUAAUUUUCUGCUUUCAUCUUCCAAGGACAAAACUGUUCGCCUGUGGCAAGUUGGUUGCAAUCAAUGCCUUAACGUUUUCCAACACAGUAAUUAUGUAACAUGCAUUCAGUUCAAUCCCCUUGAUGAUGGAUACUUCAUCAGUGGAUCUAUAGAUGGAAAAGUUAGAAUAUGGGGCGUUUCUGAUGGACGAGUUGUUGACUGGGCUGAUGUGCAAGAUUUAGUAACUGCUAUAUGUUAUCAACCAGAUGCACAGGGAUUCAUUGUUGGUACUGUUUCAGGGACAUGUCGUUUCUAUAAUGCAACAGAUAAUCAUCUAGAGUUCGAUGCACAAAUUUGCAUACAGGGUAGAAAGAAGUCCUCUUGCAACAGGAUUACUGGAAUUCAGUUUUCUAGGGAUGGUUCUCAAAGAGUCAUGAUAACAUCAUCAGAUUCUAGAGUUCGCAUAUUCGAUGGGGUUGAAGUCAUUCAUAAAUAUAGAGGACUGCGGAAGUCAGGGAGUCAGAUGUCUGCCUCAUUUACUUCAAAUGGAAGACAUAUAAUUUCAGUGGGAGAGGAUUCUCAUGUUUAUGUCUGGAAUUAUGAUGGAUUGUGUCUCCCUUUAUCUAAAGAGGCAAAAUCAAUACGCUCAUGCGAGCAUUUUUUCCAUGAUGAUGUAUCUGUUGCAAUACCGUGGUCAGGCAUGGAAGAGGAACGGUCUGUUUUAGAUAGCUGCAGUCUCCAGCAUUCCUCAAAAGUACCAGAAUUCCUAGAGGCCGCCUCCUGGUUUAGAGAUUCAGAACGCUUAUCUCUUGGUGGUUGGUUCUCUGUGGAUUGUCCAUCAAAAGGUUCUGCAACCUGGCCCGAGGAGAAGCUACCUGUAUGGGCUGUUGAAGUUGCACACCAUGGUCAUCAUCAUGAUAACCAGCAGUACCACCAACACCAUUAUUAUAAUAACCUCAGAGAUCUAUCAGGAACUUGGGGUCUGGUGAUUGUGACUGCUGGCUGGGAUGGAGUAAUAAGGACUUUCCUUAACUUUGGAUUGCCUGUGAGGUUAUGAGUGCAGAAGGAUCUUCAUCAAAACCACAUUCAGAAUAACGGGAUGUGAUGAUAUAUACUGCCUGCAUUUGUAAGGCUGCUCAUCAACCUAUCUGAUUUUGUGCUAAAUGGCCGGCUUCUCUGCUAUGUGCACAGUUCCUGCAGGAGGCUGGGUUUGCUGAUUUUGUGACAAAUUGCCAACUCUGCUGCCAUGCGUCCAGUUCCUGAGGGAGACCUGGUAUGUGAUUGAAAGAGCAGCUGUUAAUUUGGCUCUUAACUUUCCUGGCAAAGCAUUUCAGGACACGUUUGGCCAUUUUUCUAUGUAAAGUUCCUACAUUGUUACCAUGUGGGGCCUUUCAAGUUCUUACAAUGUUGGCUGUGCUGGAUUUCCCACUCAAGGAGAUGUAGAUUUUAACAGGUCAAGUCUUAUUGUCCUUGUCAUAGAAUUUGUAGCCUGGUUAUUUUGUCCAUGUCAUCGGGCUGAGGAGCACCACAGCUCUUAGAGGUGGAUGCUGUGUAAUUCAUUCAUUCAUAUAUUUAUAAGUACAACCUGAUUUGUCUGAUAAA